AUGGUUAUUCGGCACGUUUGGACAGUGCCAGUCAUAGCAGUGGGAUUACUGCUUGCUGGAAUGUUCAGCGGGUAUAUCAUUGGAGCCGUGACCAAGCACUUUCCAGUAUUGCUGCCGUUUAUAAGUAACGGCGGAUCAUUCCCACCGGAAGGAUGCAUUUUUGCACAAUUCCUGAACAUGGCCUCAUUCUUCGGUAAGUUAAGUCGUUUCCUAGAGAACCUGCGAAUUCCCGGAGUUCUCACAUGCUACAUACGACAUCGGCAAACGGUCGAGUACUAUGGACAUCGUCUACAUUGGGAGGAAACAACAUGGCGAUGGGUGUCCUUGGUGUUCAUGUACAUUGGCAUACUGGGUAUCGUUGGCCUCACAGUGGUCGCCAAUUUCCCUGUAAAUGAAAUGGCCAUGUUCUUCAAAGUAUUUUUGCCAAAAGGAGCUGGUAAACCACCUGGAGGAUGGCGUGGAAUUAAAUGGUUCACGAAAGAGUCACCGUUUUACCUGACCUACAUGAUAGCUACCAGUGCCGAAUGGGCGAUGGUUCUAGCAUUGGAACUGUUUGUGUUGUCGUUUGUGGCCGAGUUACGCCAUGCUUAUGCUCAUGCUCCACGAGUGAUCUUCAAACGAAGUUCUAGUGACGGUUCAUCGAUAGGUAAGCAAGCCUUGCUACCUCUUUGGCACGAACUCAAGAACCAUGUCAAGGAGCUGAUACUAUCGGCCUGCGUACCUACCUAUCCGGUAUGUAUCCUGCAAUCGACUGAUGGAAAUCCCAUCCGAAUCAUGGAUGGGGUUGGGAGAACCGGAUAG